GCACUCGUGAUAUUUAUGUUAAUCCUCACUUCACAGAUCACAUUGCAAGACGAAGCGAUCAAGAACAAAGUGAGAGUGAUCAUGAUCAACUUCUCCCGUACUGCUGUUCCCAAGGACAAGAACUUUGUGAACAACAUCUACUUGGAUGUGGAGAAAAAUAAGCACCUGCAAGGCAAGAAGUCCGUGUACAUGAUCACGAACGUGCUGAUGGCGAAGACGAUUGAGUUCCGCGUGACUCGCGGGACCUCCUCCAGGAUCUUCCAUCUCGGGAACGCGUCGCCUCUCGUCUUCGGCUUGGAGGAGUUCCUCAUUGGGGACGACGGGAAACUCGUCGCCAAGGAACCAGUGACGAUUAAGUCCAAGUCGCUGCACUGGCAGAAACUGGACCCGUCCGACCAUCUGUACAUCCCGGACAAGCAUCAAGAGGAAGCGGCAGCUGUUUAGGCGAUUGUAGCGAAUAGAGCACGCUUUUUAGGACACAUGCAUCAGUAAGGAUCACUGCUUAUGAGUGGUAGGAGUUUUCUGGUGGGAUUUUACUUUAGUUAAAAAUUGGUAGCCAUUCGAUUUGACCUUGUAUAUCUGAAUGAAGUUUAAAACAAUAUUUAGUAUGAUUAUAAACAAAAUUGAUUAAAUUAAACAGGUAUAUUUCUGUCGUGGCUCAUAGAAUAUAAGUUUAAGGAUUCGUGAGCCUACAAAAAGUUUGAAAAGUUUAUGCCAACACUGUUCAAACGCUGUUUGUUAUAUUUUGUAUUUACAAAACAAAAGAUGCGCUAUAAUCUUUUGGUAUCUUGAAUACCUACCUGUUUUUAAAAACUUUCAACGGAUACACAACUGCCAGAAAAACCUCUACGCUCAAAGAAUUUGUGAUUCUCUUAUCAGCCUUUGUACCCCACCGCUGGGUUAGGCCUAUAUUAGAGAUGGCAUUAUCCCCAGUAUAUGCUUGCCAAAUAGUAUGUGAAAUGAAGGCUCAAGUUCGAGCAAUAAUUGGUAAAGUGACGGUGUGCCUGUGGUUUUCUUUGAGUUGAUGAUUUUGAUUUUUUGUUUACGUUAUAAAUCAAGCUAUUUACUUAGUCAGCGUUACACCAAUAUUUUUUUAUCUUAACAUGUUUGUUAUCUCAAUUUUUGUAAAAUGAUUUGACAAAAUAGCAAUUCAAAUAAGAGUGAGUAAGAUGAUACUUUCCUAAGGUGUGUAUUGUGUGUAACAUUUUUUUAUAAGUUUGACAUUAUUUCCUAAAAAUUUACUUUAAGAUUUUUUUUAAUAUAAAAAAAAUAUUAUAGUUGCGGUUUAAAAACCAGAAACUAGAAAUUAGACAAUCUGUUAUUCAACAAAUUGAAAACGCAGUUCCGUAUUAAAACUAUUCCUCAAUGCGUAAUAUUAUGUUUGAUCAAGUGUUCGAAUGAUAUAAGUGCGUGCGUGUGCGUAAUAACUGAUCCCAUUCUACACUUACACAUUAAUUACCUACUCAUCAUGCUCUUUAGCCGAGGGUAACCGAGGGGCGAUUAUUUUCUCCAAUUUUUGGAUGAAAUCUGUUGUUGUAAACAAGCAUCUUGAUUUAAAAUUCGGACGUUUUGAAGCGCUGUUAUUAAAUUUUGGACCCAGUGAUAAAAAGGUUUAAAUAUUUAUUAUAAAACAAUUUUUUUCUAACAUUUAAAUAUCAAAAGAGUUAUUUGGAUCAGUUUAGUAUUAAUUAAUAAAAUAAUAAAAGAAGAAAUUACCAGAACAUUGCAUAUUGUUUCACUACAUCCAUAAAUGCAAUGUAAACAGUGUGGCUGUAGCUUAUCAGAUAGCUAGUUGGUUUGUCCACAGCACACGGGUUCGAAGCGUUUGAUUAGUGGCAUAGCCAUGACCUAAAAACAUUUAUGUAGUAACUAAUAGGCAAGUAACUUAAAUAGUGUAGUAGUCAAUGGUUUUGGUUAGAAUUUUAACAGUAUUUAAACCUAUUAUGGUAUUUCUAAAUGUUAUAAUGUAUUAGUAGGUAUUCAAUUUGACAGCGAUUAAUAUCCUUUCAGAUCCAGUUUUAUAAUUAUAAGUAUACAUUCCAAGUAUAAAUUGAUUAUGCACUAAAAUUUUAAUGUUUUUAAAGGCACUAUCAUCAUCUGUGAUUUAUUAUUUGACAGUAUUUGAAGGUACUUAAGCCUUAGGUUACAUAGAUUGUAACUGUUUUAUUUUGUGAUUUCAAUGUGAUUAUUAUUGUAUUAUUGUUUUGACAUAUUUUAAUGUUG